AUGAAUUUAUAUGACGCUUUAGGAAAUGCAGCUAUAAAUGAGGAAACUAAAGAAGAUUUUCAAAAAAUAAUUCUGAAAAGUGAAAGUUUUAUUGAUGAUGUUUUACAUGAACACCUUAAAGAACGACAGAAAAAGAGGGAUGAAAUAUUGCAAGACAUUUUUGAUAUGGAAAUUUUAGUGGCAAAUCUGAAAUUACUCAUUGACAUGAAAGACCAAAAAGAGGUCGAGACACUCACACAGCUAGGAUGUGAUAGUUACGUAUAUGCAGACAUACUCGACAAAAAUAAGAUUUUUAUCCAGAUAGGCUACGAAUUUUACUUAGAAAUGACUCUUGAAAAUGCCAUAUCUUUCUUAAAAAAGAAAAUAAGUCUUUAUGAAGAAAAAUUAACAUAUUGGAAUAAGGAAAUAGCUAAGAUUAAGGCCCACAUACAAAUAUUAAUGAGGGCAAUUUCAAAUUUGGCAUAA